CUUUUCUCUUGACCUUUAACUUUUUUCUCUUACUCACAUCAUUACUUUCUUGUUUCAAUUAUUCUGUUUAGAAGUCAUCAUAAUGACCGAUAAAUGGAGCAGAGGAAUAAGGGUAGUCUUAAUGACGUAGAUUUCCAUCAGCAAAAUGUCCAAUUCCACCAGUCAACUUUGCUCUUAAUGACACUGCUAGAAGCACUGUACUAUUAAUCUCCUUCCCUUAUUACACAAAUCCAACUUUUGUUGUCUUCCCCGUACAAUCUCACCUGAAAAUACUCGAACUUCUUGCCCUAAAUCCUCCUUACUGAAACCCACAAAAAGCUCCCUAAUUCAAACCAUCAAAUGAAAGUAAGAUAAAGGGAUCCUUUUCCGCUUAUAGUUCUUCUGUUAUACUCCAAAGAAAGAAAGAAAAAGAUUGAAGAAAAGAACCUUGGAAAAGACCAAGCCUUUACUCGAUCUAAACAGACAUCUCAACUUCAGGGUCAUGGAAGAAAAGAUUUGAGCUGGGUUACUUAAAUGAUUUACUCUAUGGCAGUUUCUCAUAAAGGCAAGUUUCUCAUACUUCAUUUGCUUUUAUCAUUUAGUUUUUGUAUUUAUACGGUUCUGGGGGACUCAACCCCAUUAGUUACUGUAACUCAAACUGAAGAUGGGUCUGAUACUGAGCGUAAACCUGAUAUUAAUGAAGCUCUAGAUGUUAUAAAGCAGCAACAACUUCAAUUAGAAAAGAUGGAGGAGCUAGUUAAAAGUUUUAAUGAAUUGUUAUCUAGAUUAGAACAGCAAUUUCCGGAGCCUUCAAAAGCUAGAUCUCUGGGGGAUAACAAGCAAGAUACUGUCCGAAAUGUUGAAAUUGAAAAUCGAAAGGUUGAUGUUCCUUUGUCUACUGAGAAGAUCGAGGGUGGAGAAUUGGAAACCAUUGCAAAAGAUGGUGAAAGCUUAGGGGCAGUGUCGGUUACAAAGUUUAGUCCGUUUUGGUCAGAGAGGUUUCAGUUUGUCUCAGCUGUGAAAUUGGGAUCGAAUCCCACUUUCAUCAAUGUGUUGCCGCCUCGAGAUUUUGAGGGGUUCAGCAAGUAUGUUGCUGUCGGAGAUGAUCGAGGGAAGGUCUAUCUAUUAGCAAGAAGUGGAGAUGUUAUGGUGCAGUUUGAUUCAUUGUCCCAAUCCCCUGUAACUGCUAUGGUUUCAUUUAUAUCGGUGUAUAAGAACGAAAGCAUCCUUGUCACGGGGCAUGAGGAUGGUAACAUUUUGAUGCAUCGAGUUUGGGAGGAUUCAAGUGGGGAUGAAUGGAGUUCUCUAAGAAUGGAAAACAUUGUGAGGUUUGAUGCACCUGAAGAUGGGGAUGGUUCUUCGCCUGUUACUAAUUUGGAAGUGCAUCAUGUUGGUCAGAAGAGGUAUAUUUUGUCUACAGAUUUGAGUGGCAAGAUCAGAGUGUUCAGGGAUAACGGGACAGUUUAUGGCAUGGCUUCACCGAUGAGCAGGCCACUAGCAUUCUUGAAGCAGAGGCUUUUAUUUCUGACUGAGACUGGUGCUGGAUCACUGGAUUUGAGGACCAUGAAGAUUAGAGAAGCUGCAUGUGAAGGAUUGAACAGUUCUGUGGUUAAAAGCUAUGUGUUUGAUGCAACGGAGAGGUCAAAAGCUUAUGGUUUUACUUCAGAUGGGGAUCUCAUUCAUGUGUUGCUUUUGGGUGAUAUAAUGAACUUCAAAUGCAGGGUUAGAUCAAAAAGGAAAUUCGACAUGGGCGAGCCUGUUACAUUUCAAGCUAUCAAAGGCUAUUUGCUUAUUGGCAAUGAGGACAACAUCUAUGUGCAUAACGUAUCCUCUCAGCAUUAUGUUAGGGCCGGUGGACCCAAAUUUUUGUUCUCCGCAGCAUAUGAUGGAAUUAUAUCAUCAUUUCUAUACCAACAGAAGAGUGACGUGGAGGUUGAAAAGAGAACUGUGAGACCUAUUAUAGCCAGUAACCAUGAAAGACUUGUUAUUCUCAGUCUUGGAGGAGGAUAUGUAGCAAUGUUUCGAUCUAACCUUCCGGUUUUCAAAAAUGAGUUUAAUACGAUGCAAUGGACUAGUCCUGUUUUGUUAUUCAUUCUGUUCCUUUUUGGAGCCUGGCACUUUUUUGCCCACAAGAAGGAUGUUCUCACAUCAUGGGGACCAGAUGAUCCUUUUAGUUCCGCAGCAGUGACAAGUGGAGCUCCCUUGAGACCUGGUUCUAAUGAUAGAUCACUCACAGAUUCUUCGAGGAAUGCUGAUGUGGUUGAGUUGAGGGGUGCUGACAUACGAGGCACAUCCAGAAGGUAUGCUUCUCCAUCACGGUAUCCUGGUGGAGCAGUGAAUUCUUACAGGUCUGGUUCUACAGAUGUGAUUCAUGCGAAUCCUGUUUCAACUUCUGUUGAACCCAAUUUUCUGAAAAACCAAGAAUUGAUAUAUAGAGGGUCAAAUUUAGAAAAUGCAGGCUUUCCGAAAAGAAGGGAGGGCUUAUACCUUAGCAGUCAAGUUGUGGAUGAAAAAAGUUAAACCUGUCAAUUUCUCUUUUACAUCACCACAUACGGUUGGUCUUUUUGUUAAGCCUUCAAUACAUAGAAGAACAUGGUCUGCAAUUACUAUGACAAUUUAUCAUUUAUAUGAGAAACAAUAAGUUUGCGUAGCUUGUUGUUCAAAUACAAAUUUCAAUGUCUUAGCUUAUUCUCUCUUAGUUUACUUACUCCAUGUAUAGAUAUAUUAUAUGCCAAUGGAUUAAGUAGAUAUUAGGUUUAGUCUCACCUGGCACGCUGAUGUUCUUCAUCAUAUGCAUUUUUGUUGAAAAUGAUCCUGAGUGAUCAGUAUUUAGCCAUGGUGAACAACUAACAUUUUCAUCCCUCUUUAAAGUGGUUCAAGGCCGGAAGUGUUAAUCCAUUGUUACUUGCUGUUUUGAGGUUUGCUUAGUUUCUUUUUAUUCCUGUAUUUGAUGCUAAUCCUUUUUGUGCAGAGGUUUAUAGAGUCACGAUAAUUACAGUUGCUACUUAUUUCAUAACCAUUUUCCAUAGUGAUUCAUGUGCCAGUACAUUCGUCAGUGACUAAUGUGUGAUGAUAGUAUGUGAUUCGACUACAUUUCAGGCUGUCUG